UGGGAUUUUAAAGUAGCGAUCAUGAUGGUCACCCAACGCAACAGGUGCAAUCUAAGAAACAUGGAGGCCCUCCUUAUUAACAAAUUGAAACCAGCCCCUAACAACAGGAAGGAACUACACGAAGCAGAUUGAUUGCUAUAUUAACACUAGUCAACACAUGUCACCUUCCUCCCUCUCCAUCGAUUUUUCUUAAUGUCUGAAAAAGAGGUCAUAAUCCCGAAGUAUGGAGAUACAAGAGAAUAUUUGGUCUUUGAAUUUGAAAAAUCUUUAGAAAUACAGGGAAAAAAAGCAUGGCUUACUUAAUAAUUGCUCAGCAGGCUAAAGCUGUAUUUCUAGGUUUUGUCCAGGAGAAAACAAAGUUAGAAAAUAAGGAACUUCAUUCUGAAGCCGAGAAUAUUAUUUGUGAGGAUGAAGUUGAUGCAAAGUAUGUAUUAGUUGGGAAGCAGCUGGCUGAAAUUGGAGAUAAAGUGAAUGAAGAAAAUAAAGAAGCAUUUGAGGUCAUGGCUAAUCUAUUAGAUAUAAAAAGUGAUUCAUUAGUUAUACAAUUUAUGAACAUUGUUGACCUAAUUGAUUGCUCAAAUCAAGGCAGAAUACUGGUAUUGUUCUGCUUUGCGUACUAUCUGCUACGUCGAUUUACGAAAGAAAUAUUUCAAAAAAUUCUGCUGUGUAUUUCGAAUUUUGUGGGAAUUAGUCUUGCACGAUGGAUAUAUAAUCAAGGUGGAUGGACUGCAAUUGUUCAAAAAUCAACUCAGAACUUGCCAUGGAUUAUAGUUGCAGGUGUAGCUGCUACAUUAAUAGUCGGCUUUUUUGCAUUGAGAAAAUCAUAAACAAAAUUCAUUAGAGUUCUCAUGUGAUAUUCUCUUUUUAAAACCAUAAUUAUAUUUUAUAUUGCACAUUUUUUAAAAAUCCUGAACUGGGUGGAAUAAAUAUAACAGUUUUAUUAUAAUCAAGUUUUAUUAUUAUAAUCAAGUUUAUACCAUGUAAUCUUUUAAAUUCAUAUCUCGGUUUAUUUCAUCUUAAAAUAUAUUAUAUAACGCUUUUUAUUGCUGCAAUGUGAUUGUUGCUAUUGUCAGCCACCACCUUGUCAAUGACUGCUAAAAGGACAUGUACCACCAAUGCCAUCACCAGCUACUACAAUGAUAUUUUACCUCCAUUGUCAACAACACUUGUGUCAGCUGCUGUUAGCACAAUCACUGGACUGAAACGAGGUUACAGCCCAUUCAGCUAUUCAAAUAGCAGAGUCUUCAUUGACACAUUUCUCUGACUCUAUCUUUCUGAAGAUAGGCCUUUGCACCUGGAAUAUAUAAAGGUUUUUCAACUUUCCUCUCUAGAUGGUUAGAAGCUAUCUGUAGUCAGCUUUUCAUUUGUUAAAUUAGAUAUCACUUUAUGUUACCUUAACACAUUAUAUAUGUCUUUACAUUGCCUUAAAAUUCAUUCCAUUUAUAUUUCAACAAGAAAUUAAAACGAAAACAAAUUGAUUUAUCAGAUAGCCACAGACUGCCUAACUAUUGUAAUUUCAAUAAUAGUAAUAAAAUUUCAUUUCAAACUUAUAUAAAAAAGUGUAAAGCAUUCCAUGUUAUAAUAAAUAAUAUUUUAUCAAUUGUUUCA